GAUGGCUCGAUAGCCGCUGAACUAUACCAGACUAGACCUACUAACUGAAUAACCACUAGAGAUGAGAAGAGACCAAGAAAAGAAAUAUUUGAACUACGCCAAAUAUUUUCUAUUUUCGUUUUAAUGUAUACAAAACCAAAAUGCAUUUUUACUCCGAUUAAUGUAUUAUUUAAAACAAAUAAAAUCUAAAAAUAGAAGUAACAAGGUUUUUGAAAGUAAUUUUCACUGAUCUGCAGUACGUACGUAAUAUGUAAAUUAUUCGAAAAACUCGUCAAAAAUGGUCUGUAUUCCAGUUCAAGUAGCCCUUAAAAGUUUUUUUACAGCCUUUUGUAUCAUAUCAGCAGUAGGUUUCGGGCAGAUUUAUUAUAAUGUAACAAAUAUUUUACUUAAUGUCUCCAUAUUUUCAUGUGCAGCUCUGAUUGUAUUGUCUGUUAUGAAAGUAUUCUUCCAUGGUCAUUAUCCUUUCCAGAUCGCUAUAAGAGCUGCUUUCUUAGGCUGUGUGUUGUCUUUAGGAAUAUUUAUUAAGCUAGUUACUCCGCCCAAUAUACAAGUAUUUGGGGGCUACAUGUGCAUCAUGGCAGUCUUCCAUUUCAGCGAAUUCGUAGCAAUAGGCAUUGUCCAGCCAAAAUUCGUUAACAAGAGUUCAUUCGUUAUCAACCAUAGUCCUCAGUAUAUUGUAGCAGCCAUUACCUCUUGGGUGGAAUUCUUUGUAGAAAGUUAUUUGUUUCCAGAUUUAAAACAAAUAUAUUGGUUGUCUAAUACUGGAUUGAUAAUUUGUAUAUUGGGAGAAUUACUCAGAAAAACUGCCAUGUUGACAGCUGGGUCUAAUUUUAGCCAUCUGGUACAAUGUGAGAAAUUUAGCAACCAUACUUUGGUUACACAUGGGGUUUAUGCUUGGUUCAGACAUCCUAGCUACGUAGGAUGGUUUUAUUGGUCUAUUGGGACACAAAUUAUACUUGUGAACCCAUUAUGCGUCCCAGCAUAUGCAUUGGCAAGUUGGUUGUUUUUCAAAACAAGGAUUGAAAUUGAAGAGAUUACCUUGUUGAAUUUCUUUGGCCAAAACUACUGUGAUUAUCAAGACAAAGUUGGAACAGGGAUACCCUUCAUUGAGGGUUAUAGGAUAUGA